UCCAAUUCGAAGAAGAACCGAGGUCUCGUAUCACGUCCCCUAUGCCAGUUUCUCGUGUCGAUAUCCGGAUAAAAUUCAAUGAUAUCCGAACAAUUAAGGGGUGCUCGCGUUGCGUUGCAAGAACACGAGCCCGGCUUCAAGUGCUUGGGGUCGAGAGAAGAGUGAAAAAGGGAGAGGAGGAGAGAAGAGAGAGGAUAGAAUAAACAGAGACAGAAAGGCAGAUCCAAAGAAGCUGUGCACGAUCUUCCACUACUACGCCACCACUACCACGUCCGAAGAGUCUGACAAGACCUCAUCCCUCAACAUAAUGCAACAGUAUCCCAAAGACCGGACGGGAUUCAACGUCGCCAGCUCCAAUUCCAAGAUAUUGUUGACCAACCUGAGAACCGUUUCAUCCUCCCCGAAUCUGAUACAGAACGAUGCUCUAACGUCGAUCCCUUUCGAGAUGAAGAACAGGGAUUCGAACGAAAGCGACAUCGCGGAACACUCGUCCACGUUCGUGAAAACCGGCCAAGUCCUGCCUAUAGUCGACAUCACCUGGAAUUACAACUCGUUCCGAUUCAAAACGUUCGAGGAAUGCCUGAGAAAUUGUUACGGGGACAAGUAUCCACCUGGUGAAGUUGUACUCAACUCGAUGCAGUUGAAUCUGUUGGACUCGUAUACGAACGUGACGUUGGACAUGGCCGGCCUCUUCGAUUUCGCCAAGGAGGAGAGCGAGUCCCAUUUGGAGACCGUGGAGACGAAGCAAGAAAUUGAGUAUCUUGAUCCGUUGGAUCACUUUGUCACGAAACAGCACUGCAAACCGGCCACCAUCGAGAGAUUCACGAAAACGGAUCACCGAACGGAUCACGAGGAGGAUCGGUGGCACAGCAUGGCGGCGUGGCACGACGAGGAGGAGGACGAUAUCGGGGCUGUGAUCACCGGUCGGGAAAAGAAUCAGCCGAAUCGAAGAUCCUUCAGGAAGAUCGAGGCUCCUCGCAAAUGCUAUUUGUCCUCGUCUCGGCGUGUUUGCAGGACGAAUGACUCUUGAUCGGAGGAAGGGGGAGGAAGAAAGCCGGGGAACAUGGCGGAGAACACGGCUGCUCCGGAGGAUCGAUUAGGGCAACUGGGCUGAUUGGGGUGGAAGGUGGUUGGACGUAAUAUUUGUCGUGAAAUUACGAUCUCUUCUUUUCUGAUUUUAGCGAACGAAGAAGAGUUUUCUUUGCGUUUUCUUUUUUUAAUAUAUAUAUAUAUAUAUAUAUAUUUUAUUUUUGCGUCGAUUGGUACUGAAAAGAGGUGAUCUCGAGAAAUUUAAGAUACCUCGGAGAUAAUACGAUUUAUUGUGUGGAAUACAUUGACGUUUUCAUAGUGUGAUUAAUAUUCGUGUAAAGUUACUUUUUAAUUCGUUAAUUUUAAUUCGUUACUUGCUCUUUUUUUGAGGGAUAUUUUAGUCUAGGAAACGGUGAACAAAUUUGGAAUAAAUUUUUGGUCAUGUCAAAAUGUGA